CUAACGUUUCUGUUUCUUCCCUCUCCCUCCUCUUGAGGCGUGAAAAUCAGUGAGAGAGGUGGACGACGAAGAAGCUGAUCAAUGGCGGCUUCUAACGGGAGCGAGUACUUCGAAUUAGAUUUUACUGCGAAUUAUGAGUCGUUUGCGAGGCCGUCGAAUGCCGAGGCCUUGGCUGAAGAUGAAGGGGAGCUUCUAUGGGCGGCGAUCGAGAGGUUGCCGUCUCAGAAGAGGUCGAACUUCGCAUUGCUGAGUCGUACUCUGUCGGAGAUCUCCGAGGACGAUGGAUUUAAGAGAAUGGAAACCAUUGACGUGCGGAAGCUCGAUAAGAGCAAACGCGAACUCGUUGUGAAGAAGGCGUUGGCCACCGAUGAUCAAGAUAAUUACAAGUUGCUUUCUGGAAUUAAAGAGCGCCUCGACAGAGCCGGAGUGGAGGUUCCCACGGUUGAAAUCAGAUUCCAGAACUUGAAAGUGGCAGCCGAUGUGCAAGUCGGUUCCAGAUCUUUGCCCACUCUAUUGAAUUUUACAUACGAUGUUUUUGAGAAUAUACUAACAAGUUUCAGAAUUAUGAAAUCCAAAAAAUAUCCAUUAACCAUUUUGAACGAAGUUAGUGGCAUCGUGAAACCAGGAAGGAUGACAUUGCUUUUGGGACCUCCGGGCUCUGGAAGAUCGACCUUGCUUCAAGCCCUUGCAGGCAAACUUGAUAGAAAUUUAAAGGAAACUGGUAGAAUUACUUAUAAUGGACAUAAUCUAGAUGAGUUCUGUGUUCAAAGAACAUCUGCAUAUAUUAGUCAAUCAGACAAUCACCUAGCAGAGUUGACUGUACGAGAAACUUUGGACUUUGCAGCUAGAUGCCAAGGUGCAAGCGAGGGCUUUUCAGGAUAUAUGAAAGAGUUGCCUUACUUGGAGAAAGAAAGGAAUAUACGGCCCAGUCCAGAUAUAGAUGCAUUCAUGAAAGCAUCAUCUGUUCAUGGUAAAAAGCAUAGUGUUUUGACGGAUUACGUCUUGAAAGUGCUUGGUCUCGAUGUAUGUUCAGAGACACUAGUUGGUAAUGACAUGGUUAGGGGGAUCUCUGGCGGCCAAAGAAAAAGAGUUACUUCAGGCGAAAUGAUUGUUGGGCCAAGAAAAACUCUUUUUAUGGACGAGAUAUCCACCGGACUCGAUAGCUCGACAACUUAUCAAAUAGUCAAAUGUUUAAGGAACUUUGUUCAUCAGAUGGAAGCUACAGUGUUGAUGGCUCUCCUACAACCUGCUCCUGAGACAUUUGAACUGUUUGAUGAUCUUAUUUUAUUAUCAGAUGGGUAUUUGGUGUAUCAAGGUCCUCGAGAAGAUGUGUUAGAGUUUUUUGAGUCAUUAGGUUUCAAGUUACCACCUCGCAAGGGAGUUGCUGAUUUUUUACAAGAGGUCACAUCUAAGAAGGAUCAAGCACAAUAUUGGGCUGAUUCUUCUCGACCAUAUUCCUACAUUUCUGUUCCUGAAUUUGUAGAAGCAUUUAAAAAUUUCAGGGUUGGGAAAUCUUUGGAGUCGACGCUUAAACAUCCGUAUGACAAAUCUCAGUGUCAUCCUUCGGCUUUGGCUAGAACAAAAUUUGCUGCCUCAAGGGGUGAACUUUUUAAAGCUUGCUUUGCUCGAGAACUACUACUAAUUAGCAGACAUAGUUUUCUUUAUAUUUUUAGGACAUGUCAGGUAGCAUUUGUUGGAUUCGUUACAUGCACAAUGUUUUUACGAACAAGAAUGCACCCUACAGAUGAAAUAAACGGCAACCUCUAUCUCUCUUGUCUGUUUUUCGGAUUGAUACAUAUGAUGUUCAAUGGAUUUUCUGAGUUGCCUCUUAUGAUAUCUCGCCUCCCUGUUUUUUAUAAGCAAAGAGAUAAUUUGUUUCACACUGCUUGGGCGUGGUCUGUCAGUAGCUGGAUUUUGCGUGUGCCUUAUUCUGUACUUGAAGCUGUUGUAUGGUCUUGUGUUGUAUAUUAUACUGUUGGUUUUGCCCCUAGUGCUGGAAGGUUUUUCCGCUUCAUGUUUCUACUCUUUUCGGUUCAUCAAAUGGCUUUAGGCCUUUUUCGUACGAUGGCAGCUGUAACUCGAGAUAUGGUAGUUGCCAAUACAUUUGGUUCAGCAACCUUACUAAUUAUAUUUUUGUUGGGUGGAUUUAUCAUACCAAAAGCCAUGAUUAAACCAUGGUGGGCAUGGGCAUUUUGGUUGUCACCUCUGUCUUAUGGGCAACGUGCAAUUUCUGUCAAUGAAUUUACUGCCACUAGGUGGAAGCAGAAAUCUGCUUUUGGAAAUGAAACCAUUGGAUACAACGUUCUGCAUUCACAUAGCAUGCCUGCUGGCGACUAUUGGUACUGGUUGGGUGUUGGUGUGUUGUUGUUUUAUGCAUUGGUUUUCAAUGUUAUGGUGACUUUGGCCUUGGCUAAACUCCAUCCCAUAAAAAAAGCCCAAACUGUAAUCCCAACUAAUACCACCGAAGCUAAUUCUGCUGCAAACAAUGAGGUCACUCAAGGUUCGAACUUCGAAACAUCUGCUAGAACCGGCAAGAAAGAAAAGGGAAUGAUUCUUCCUUUCCAACCACUAACAAUGACUUUUUACAAUGUUAAUUAUUUUGUUGAUACUCCAAAGGAAAUGAAGCAAAAAGGUAUACCUGAAAGGAGGUUGCAACUCUUAUCAAAUGUGAGUGGUGUAUUUUCACCUGGUAUUCUUACAGCAUUGGUUGGGGCAAGCGGAGCAGGAAAAACUACACUAAUGGAUGUACUUGCGGGUAGAAAAACCGGUGGAUAUAUUGAAGGUGAAAUUAGAAUAUCAGGCUUUUUAAAAGAGCAACGUACAUUUGCUAGAAUAUCAGGAUACGUAGAGCAAAAUGAUAUACAUUCCCCUCAAGUGACAGUAGAGGAAAGCCUCCAAUUUUCGUCUGCACUACGCCUUCCCAAAGAAAUCAGCAAAGAGAAACGACACGAGUUUGUUGAAGAAGUAAUGAGUUUAGUAGAACUUGAUACUCUUAGACAUGCUUUGGUUGGUAUGCCCGGUAGUACUGGUUUAUCCACAGAACAGAGGAAACGUCUAACAAUUGCAGUUGAACUCGUUGCAAAUCCUUCUAUUAUCUUUAUGGAUGAACCUACCUCUGGACUUGAUGCACGGGCAGCAGCUAUUGUGAUGCGAACCGUUCGUAAUACAGUUGAUACUGGAAGAACUGUUGUUUGUACCAUACAUCAACCUAGUAUCGACAUAUUUGAAGCAUUUGAUGAGUUGCUUCUAAUGAAACGAGGGGGAAGAGUUAUAUAUGGAGGAAAACUAGGAACACAUUCCCAAAUAAUGAUCGACUAUUUUGAGGGGAUUAGUGGAGUAUCUCCAAUACCAGAUUCUUACAAUCCAGCUACUUGGAUGCUGGAGGUUACAACCCCUGCAGCUGAGCAGAAAAUUGGUGAAGAUUUUGCUAACUUAUAUAGGAACUCUGACCAGUACAGGAGUGUUGAAGCUUCCAUCAAGCAAUUUAGUGUUCCUCCAAUCGGUGGAGAACCAUUGAAGUUUGAUUCGACCUACUCGCAAGAUAAAUUGUCCCAGUUUCGUACUUGCCUUUGGAAGCAAACACUUGUUUAUUGGAGAAGUCCGCAUUAUAAUGCCAUGAGAAUAUGUUUCACCACGAUAAGUGCAGUGAUAUUUGGUUCAACAUUUUGGGAUAUUGGCAUGAAAAGGAAUUCAACUCAAGAGUUGCUUGUUGUUAUGGGAGCUCUAUAUGCUGCAUGUUUGUUCCUUGGAGUGAAUAAUGCUUCUUCGGUGCAACCAAUUGUUUCAAUUGAGAGAACAGUAUUUUAUCGCGAGAGAGCAGCUGGAAUGUAUUCUCCAAUUGCUUAUGCCUUAGCACAGGGUCUAGUGGAAAUCCCAUAUGUUGCCGCACAAACCAUAAUAUUCGGUGUCAUCACAUAUUUCAUGGUUAAUUUUGAAAGAAAUGUUGGAAAGUUUUUUCUGUAUCUCCUCUUCAUGUUCCUCACCUUCACAUAUUUCACCUUUUACGGUAUGAUGGCGGUUGGCCUCACUCCUUCACAACAAGUGGCUGCAGUUGUUUCUUCUGCAUUCUACUCUUUAUGGAACCUCCUCUCUGGCUUUCUUGUACCAAAACCAAACAUCCCUGGAUGGUGGAUUUGGUUCUAUUACAUCUGCCCUGUAGCAUGGACUCUGAGGGGUAUUAUAACGUCACAGCUGGGUGAUGUAGAAACUAUAAUUGUGGAACCAGGUUUUGAGGGCUCUGUGAAACAAUACUUGGAAGUAAGCUUAGGAUAUGGCCCCGGUAUGAUCGGAGUUUCGGUAGCGGUUCUCGUUGCAUUCAACGUCCUAUUCUUUUCGGUCUUUGCAAUGUCUGUGAAAUUCAUCAACUUUCAGAGGAGAUGAUACUACUAACAAGUUUGCCAUCAGAAAAUAUUGUAGGAGUUGAAACAAUGUGGUUGACGCGAUGGCGAUGUAUGCACGAGAGAGAUUAAAAAUUAUGUUGACUCUUGUGCAUCCGGCUGUAGUUAGGAGGACAACCACAUUGAUUAAUUUCUUCCUUGAGAGUAUGAGAUAAAAAAAUUUGUAAUAUUAAAAUUUUCCCUUUAGGAUAUUAUAAAUUUAUACUCUCUUUUUGCAUGUUCUUGCUGUGUUAGGAAAUUAUGAACAUUUUUGUAAUGGAAAAAUUGCCAUUGGUUAAUAGAAAUAAUAUUUUAAAUUUU